GGGUUCGAUGCUCAAUAGAGGUCACACGGUUGGAUAGGCCAGAGAUAUUGGCUUUGAUUUUGGUGAUGGACGCGCGGAUGUCCGUUUGGAAAGAGAACAUCAUGCGAAUGAGGGUGGCGAUAUUGGUGGCAACGGACUCGGAUCUUUGUUCGCCCGUAAGUUCGCGAGCGAGGCUGUCAACAGACUAGGUGUUGACGGCGGUCAUAUCGAUGCUGGAGGAUUGGGCCAUGUUGGGGGAAGAUGGAGUGGAUGCAGUAGCUGAGGUGACGGCUGCAGAUGAGGUGGAGGCAGACGUGGCGGCAACGGCGGCAGUAGCGGCGGCGGCGGCCACUGCGCGUUGGGAGGUCUUGGCUUGGCGUGGUGGCAUGUGGAGAUGUAGGUGUGGCAGGGGUGGGGGUGGGGAGGUUAUUUACAGCAUUAAUUGAUUCAUUCAAAAAUAAGUAAAGGUAUUUGCCAAAACAAUAAAUGAAUAAAAUGGGAAUUA